AUGUCAUUCUCCAACUCGGGCGGCACCUUGGCUCUGCCAUCUCCCACUCACGCCCACCAGAUUGACGUAUCAUCCGCCGUGCGCACGCUUCGACGCUCUCUCUCGCGAUCUCCAUCCAAAUUUAUCUCUCGCACAAACUCGCACAGCUCCGACCACUCGCUGCCUACCUCACCCAGAACGCCCUCUAGACGCUUUGUGCUCACCCCAAAACAUCAACAUCGGCUCGCUGCUGCUGCUACCAAUCCGCCGCACUCUGCUCCUCCUGCCGCCGCACCAGUGCAAUCUACCACGCCUUUGCAAUCACCCGUCUUGACGCCGCUCCGACCUAGCGUUCGACUGUCGCUGCGCAGCGCAAAGUCUACAAAAACCUUAUCACCUGCCCGCCAGCUGGCACGACGCGCCUCGCCCAAGAGCCCGAUCAAACGCAGUCUCAACACCACAUCAGAUUCCAUCAACUACGCCCGCCCCGCUACCUCGGCCUCACCACGAACUCGAUAUUCUCCUGGCCAGGAAAUCGGCCGCGCAAGCGCCGCUACCCUCAAGACCCUUGACAAGAAGCCCUCGCGCCACAGUCUUCACCUCGACGUUUCCGGCUCCUCUCAGGCCGCUUUCCUCAAAGCACUGGAUCUGACGCCUGAAUACAUGGUCUCGACCACCGGUGCUCUCAAGCGCAGUGAUGCGACAAUGAACUUGGAUCAUCCUAACCAAGGCAGUCCUGUGGCCAAACGCCGUAGCAUGCACGGCGUCGCCGCCUUUGGAAACCCUGAAGGCUUCGGCAUUUUUGGCAGCAACACCACCUCAUCUCAAAGUUUUGAUAUUCAUGAGGACUCACAUCCUGAAUACGAGCUCUCCGCGAUGCCUGUCGCUUUUCAAGGCGACGUUCUCUCUUCCUCUUCACCCUCCUCCGUUCCUAAGCGCUCCUCUUCUCUCCGCAAAUCAACCCUCCAGCAGCGCUCUCUGGGCAGACGCACUGGUGAGCGCCAACUCGCGCAACUAUCUUCAGAUGUUUCGACUCCAGGUAGAAGCAGGCCGCGGCUCUCCACCGACCACUUUCUCCCCCCGCAAGUACCCAGAGACAGUCCAUUUUCCAAUGUAUCGCCUCUGCCGAACGCAUCCAUCCACCCCAUGGAUAGCAAGUCGCACCAACCCCAUCCCCUCUCUAAGAUUCUCACCACGUCUUCCUCUGGAAACAGCUUGACUGAAGAAGAGCCUGCUCUCUACGCACCAGCCAGGCCUACCUUUGAACGCCCCAAGCCGCAUCCCUUCUCCCGCUCCCUUCCUCUGAACGCUACCCGGCCUACUGCACGAUCCACACAUGACCACAUCAAGGCGGUGGCGACGCCAAAUCAUUCAAAUCUAUGGGUUGGCGCCUUCAACUCGACGGGAUUGAUUUCGAAGGUGAAUCGCAACCCCGAAGAGGAGGCAGACAAGAAGUUUGCCCCACCUGAUACACCAUGCAAAAAGCACAGCAAUCCGUUUGCUACAUUUCCCCCUCAGGCGGGAAGCGGCAUGAGGAAACGGGGCAACAGCAGAGGUUCUUUUGCUGGCCUGCCCUCCACACCAUUUUCGGCUGCACCUAUCCGUGUACCCGACACAUUCGGCAAUACUGCCAAGGGCAUGUCCAUUUUCCAGCGCGGGCCAUCUGGACUCCGUGCCCGUCGGGGCAGCGUCCUCAGUCUUGAUGGCGAGGAUCGCACGCUGUUUGGUGAAGCAACUGAUCUGACCCGUAGCGUGGACGUUGAUAUCCCUCCGACACCUACCAAGAAUAGCUUGACCCCUAGCCUCAGCAACUUGAGUGAGCAAUCUCUGGAGAGCCCAAGCGCAAACCGCACUUUUGCGCUGCCCCCUCUUUCUGCUGUCAAACAGGUGCCUCCAAGGUCCUCGACUGCGUCUCCUAUCGAGAGACAACGUACCCCGCAGACUCCACAGGAAGGUAUGCUGCCGCUUGAUACAAGCCGCCUCUCCCUCUCGCAGAUCAACGAGGCGGGUGAAAACUCUAUGCCUCCUCCCGUUACGCCCACGACCGCCCGGGACUUUCGCUCAUCUACCAGCGUCUUUGUCACUCCUGUCAACGACCGCACUAGCCAGCUUGACAUCGACGAAGACCUGUACUCCAGGUUUGACAAGAUUGAAUCAGUCGGUAAAGGCGAAUUCUCCACCGUCUAUCGCGUCACCAAGACGAACCAGAACCUAUUCUCUGGGUCUCUGUGCUUGACGCCCGCCCAGAAGUUUGGCCAGAGUCCGGCAAAGAGCCAAGUGUAUGCCGUGAAGAAGAGCAAGCACCCUUUCCAGGGCCACAAGGACCGUGAACUCAAGCUACGUGAGGCUCGCAUCCUUCAGGCCUUGUCUCAUGCCGAGCAUGUCGUCCACUACAUUGACGACUGGGAGAGCAACAACCAUCUUUACAUUCAGACCGAGUUUUGUGAAGAAGGUACUUUGGAGAAGUUUCUUGGCAAUGUUGGCCGUACUGGACGUUUGGACGACUUCCGCAUCUUCAAGAUUCUGCAGGACCUUGCUCUAGGCGUCAAGGAGAUUCACGAUGCCGGGUUUAUGCACUUGGACAUGAAGCCUGCCAACAUCCUCAUCAACUUUGAGGGUGCUUUGAAGAUUGGCGAUUUCGGUCUCGCACAGGCCUGCCCUGCCACCGACAGCGUGGAAACGGAAGGCGACAGAGAAUACAUGGCCCCCGAAAUGCUCGAAGGCAAGGUUGGCCAACCGGCUGAUGUGUUCUCUCUCGGACUCAUGAUCUUGGAAGCUGCGGCCAACGUGAUGCUUCCGGAAAAUGGCCCAACAUGGAUUGCCCUCCGAUCUGGAGAUUUGUCGGAAGUCCCCAGCCUCACUUGGACACCCUCGAAUGAGGUACAACGUGAUGCUAGCGGCAAUCCCCUUGAAGUUGUGCACAGCGGCGAGCUUUUGGCCAGCAAGCACAGCACAGGCAAUGUUCCGGAUGCUUUCAAGGACAGCGACUUCAGCCAGCAGCCUUCCUUCAUGGUGGAUGCUUUCCACCCAAGCUCCCUCGACUCGAUUGUUCGUUGGAUGACGACUCGGGAGCCCAACGACAGACCUCGUAUCAACCAAAUCUUGGAGCUCGAGGGGCUGCAGUGGGUCGCUGAACACCGCAAAGCGCCUGCCACCGUCUACGAAGGUAGCUGGGGACCAGACGAUAUGCCCCCGGUGGCGAUUGCUAUUGACAGCGAUACCGAAAUGACGGAUGUUUGA